AACAAAUCAAAUGCGAUUAGUGCAGAACACUUACACCUAAUGCAAUAAAUAAAAUCCUCUAUUGGUUCUGGAGUGAAAAGAGUAAAAGAACUCGCGAAAUUAAUGUCCGUUUAUUUUUUAUAGCAUGUCAAGAUGACAUUUAGUUAUUUACCAAUUUUAUAAUGAAUUUUUAGAAAAAAUUAUUAGAAACCUAUUUUUGAGAUGUCAAAAAAGCCUGAAAGGUGGCGUCAAUACUAUGCUGCAUUUACAAUUUCCAUUGGAGCAUGGGGUUAUGGUACGGUCUUAGGCUGGCCAUCAAAUAUCACAAAUAAUCUCAGAGCUGGAGAACUUAAUGGAGUGAAGAUGACCGACACACAAUUAAGUUGGGCAGGAUCUGUUCCAACUCUUGGAGCUAUGUUUUCAUGCCUCGUUAUUGGAUUUAUAGCAGAUGCCAUAGGUAGAAAAACUGCUUGUUUUAUAACCUUGGGACCGUCAAUAUUAGGUUGGAUUUUGAUAUUAUCUGCACAAAAUGUUGAAAUGGUUUAUUCUGGAAGAUUUUUAACUGGUCUUGGUGGUGGUGGUUUUGUCGUAGUAGCUCCUGUUUACACAACUGAAAUAUCCGAAACGAUAAUUAGAGGUACUUGCGGUUUAAUCUUACAAAUAUUACUUAUAUUUGGCGUUUUUUAUUCCAAUGUUAUGGGAUGGAUCUUUUCAGUAUUUUUCUUUAACUUUUCAUGUCUAUUAGUUCCCAUUCUGUUUGGAGUCUUAUUUAUUUUUCAACCAGAAACUCCAUUUUAUUAUUUAGAAAAAGGAAAAAAAGAAGAAGCCGAGGACUCAUUAAGAAGAUUAAGAGGUAAAGAUUACGAUAUUACUGAAGAAAUAAAUUAUAUUAUUCAUCUGAUUGAAUUUCGCCCUGAGCGCAGCUUUAAAACAUUUGUUGCCGCUAUAAGAACUAAAGCUCAAAUUAAAGCCACAAUUAUCUGCUUUAUGUUAAUGUGGUAUCAAAAGUAUUCCGGAGUAAACGUUAUAGUUUUUUACACAAAAGAUGUAUUCAUAGCAUCAGGUAUUCGUAUGAAAGAGGAACUUGGUGUCAUACUGACCGGUGGAGUAGGAGUACUGGGAACCUUUGUAUGCGUUGCAGCAGUUGAUUACUUCGGAAGAAUAGCAUUAUUUGUAACAUCCACUUUUUUAUGUAUGACAUCAACAUUUUGCAUAGGAUUGUUUUUUCAUUUAAAAGAAACCUGGUCAAUGGAAGAUUUAAAUAAAGUAGAAUUUCUCCCUGCAUUAGGUAUGAUACUUUUUCUAUUUAGUUUUAAUUUGGGUAUUGGAUCUAUACCAUGGCUUUCCUGUUCCGAAUUAUGGGCCCCCAGUAUUAAGGCAAAGUUGGGAUCUGUAGCAUGCGCCUUUAACUGGUCGCAAGCGUUUGUUGUAUCAAGAUAUUAUUUCGCAGUCUCAAGCGCUAUUGGAAUAGCCAACACAUUUUUUAUAUUUACCUUAAUUUCUUGCAGUAGUAUAUUUUUCGUUAUCUUUUUCAUACCAGAAACGAAAAACAAAAGAUAUGACGAAAUCCUUCCAGGUUUAGAAAAAUUUUGUACAUAUUGUUAAUAAAGUUUAUUUUUAAUUUUAAUUUUCUUUUACAAAAAUUAAUUAAAACAUAUUAUGGAAAAGGGUAAACGAGUUUGUAAUCUUAUAAAAUAAGGCAAUAGAAAGCCGUGAACAAUAAAUUCAAUUUUCUUUUUUUAAUACAGAUAGCAG